AUGACAAGGGAUGAAGCAGGGAAGGCAGUGGAUGCCAGAGACUGGCAGGGAGCCCUGUCUAAACUGAACCAGAUCACUGAACCUACCUCCCGUACUUGCCCUGGGGCAGCUGGAGCCUGCCAUCCAAGUAUGUCUGGAGGACUGCUGUCAAGAGUCUUGUAUAACACAGCAGCUGUCCACUCCAGGUUGAACCAGUUGGACAAAGCCAGAGACAUCCUGCUCUCAGCCUCCCAGGAGAAAGGAGGAGGGGGGCGAGGACUGAACGUGGAGGUGGCUUUACACAGUAUCUAUAAGGGAGAGGUGCUACCCGUCCUCCUGGUGCCAGAGGGAGAGGUGUUCCGGCCCAGGAAACAGAACGUAGAACAGCUGGGACAGAGAGACUUCCUGGGCAAACCAAUGGUUAAGUAAAACCACACCACACUGAUGUACACAGGCACAGUAACAUAGAGUACAUCCCAAAUGACACCUUAUUCCAACAAGGCAGAGUUCAUCUCAGCCUAUGCCUCCCUCCAGUCCCUCG